AUGUUCCUUCUGAUUCUAUCAGUUCUACACACUGUUCUAGCUGUUUUGGGAGUCAUUUUCAACUCGAUUCUGAUAUUUUUAACAGCUUUUAAAAGUCCAAAGUCAAUUGGAACAUUCUCAAUAUUGCUUACUGUAAGAGGAUGCACAGAUGCGUUGGCUUGUAUUUUUGAUAUUUUCAGUCAAUCAAGACCAAUUCCCAGUGGAUUGACACUAGGAAUUGCUUCAACUGGAAUCUGUAAAUAUCUGAAUGCGUGGUCUUGUUUCCUUGGCUACAGCCUUCAACUCCAUUUCCAUUGUUUCUCAUUCCAUCUUCUGAUUCUUUGUUUCUUAUUCCGUUACUAUGUUCUCCUGGAACGAUAUCCAAAAUCUAACCAACUCAUUUUUCUCAUGUGUCUUUUCUAUUUUCCAUCUUUCUUCCAAGCACUUUUCGUUCUCAUCGACAAUAACAAACCAGAAGAUGUCCGCCAGUUAGUUCAAAUCCAUCAUCCCGAAUAUGAAUUGAAAGAUGUUAUCGUAAAUGGACACGUCGAUCUUCGAGAUUUCCCAUGCUUAUUUUCAUAUUUGCUCAUGUUGAUUCCUAUAAUUCCUGGAUGUGUCUUAAUUCACGUUCUCCGUCGAAAAAUUCAUUGCAAACUACGGAAUGCUAUACUGCGUCCGGAAGUGAGAGAAAAACAUAGACAGUUGACAUUUGCUCUGACAGUUCAAACUUUGAUACCAGUUGCUUUUGUUCUGUCCACAGCUGCAUUUCUUCUGGGUCAACUGAGAAUAAUCGAGUCUCCAAUUCUGGAAAGUUCCACUCUUCUCUUCGCUGUAAUUGUUCCAGUAAUCAACCCAAUUCUGGCAAUUGCCCUCAUCAGACCAUAUCGAGAAACAAUUAUGAGAAAAAUAGGGCUGGAUCCCAAAGAGUGGCAAUUCAUGUCGAAAGAUUGCUCAGUUGCUCCAGGGGAUUCUCGUUCAUCGAUGUUCGGAAGUUUUGAUAAUUCAUCAGUUGCUUCUGUUACUUCUGUUAACUCAAAGUUUACUAUCACUGGAGAAAUGAAUCCGUUUGAUUGA